AAAGAAUUUGCCCAAAAGCUUGGCUAACCCACAGCUUUGUACUCCUUGUAUGUACAAGCUUAUACACCGUAUUGCAGGUCUUUGCACAUGACGUGAACACAUAGUUAGCAAUCCUAUAAAUUUUGCACCUCGGAGUACUUUGCAUUUAAGGAUGGCUCCACGUCGCCUUCUCUUUUGUCUAGACGAGUCUAAACAGAGCGUGCGCGCUCUGGAGUGGACCCUGCUGCACCUACGUCGGGCAUCCGAUGAGCUCCACCUCGUUACCGUCCUGCCUCCUCUCGCAUACAACGUCUACCCCGUCGCCCCAGUUGCCACCGGCGCAGCUGUGGCGGCGGUCACGCACCAAUGGGACGCGCAACGACGCGCCGAGGAGCACCAAGCAGCAGAGGUGCUCCGGGCCGCGGUGGAUCUGGUGUGCACGCAGCAUAACAAGGUUCCCCGGGACCUGGUGCACACACAGGCGCUGCCUGCCGCGGGGGGCGCCUCGGGUGUUGCGGAGAGCCUGGUGGAGUAUGCGCGGGUGCAGCGCAUCGACUUGGCGGUGGUGGGGUGCAGGUGGGUUGGCUGAGACCGAGUGUUUAAACCAGGAAGAGCGAAAAUGAAACCAGAAAGGUUGAAAUAUAGGGAAUGAGGCGGCAGGGAUGGACAAGGCAGAUGGGGGACGGAGGGGGCCAGGAAAGUGGGGCAAUCCAGCUGAGCCCGGAGGUGGGGAGGAAAGAGGGCGGGUGACAACUGACAAGCGGGGCUUUGGGGAGCCAGCUGGUGUGUGACCCAUGGGUCCAGCAGCUGGUGCGGGGCUGUCGGGGUGGUCCCCCGUUGUCGCGGUCGUGCCUCCUCACACUACAUACGGUACGCGGCCACAUGGUGACUUGCAGCCGGUUUCCGAAACACACACACACCACUCACAGUACGUUUCGCCUCGCGGCCAGUUAUUUUAGCACACACACCUUCCGACAUCCCAGUACGUUCCUACUCGCGGCAGUUUUCUUAACCCACACCCCUGUGUGGGCC